UCCAAAAAGUUGCCUGCUUUUAAAACCUAUUAUAUUUAAAAAUAAUGUUUUUGUGUUAUUUGCAGGCACUUGAUGCAUCAACCAGCUCCAGGCAGACACAGUCUCCCGCUCUUCAUAAUUCUAGCUCGGCACCUGGUCAACAUCAACCCCAGGAUUUUCCUCCUAGUCACUCUAAUCCUGUUCUGCAUCAUGGGUCAAGCCCAGCGCAUAGUUUUAGUUUCUCUUCGUGCUCCACACCCACUAGAGAUGAGAGCACCGAAGUUCAUCAGCCGAGUACAAUUGCCGAUACACUUAUGGAGCCUCUGCCAGACCCCAAUCAGGGUAUUGGAUUUAAUCAACGUGCUACAGAAGAUGAAGGCUCAUUAUGUCUACCACCUACUUUUAGAAAAUCAAAGAUCAUUAGAUCAAAUCUCCCACCAAGCAGUAGCCCCAUCUUUCAGAGUGUUCCAACAGCUACCAAUUCUAAAGGAAAGAAUGUUUCAAGACGUGGUGGUGGCUCACAGCUUUUAUCUAAUACUGCCCCGAUCUCGCAACAACAAUCUUCAUGCGCCUCACAACAACAAUCUUCAAGUAACUCGGUCUCACAACAACAACCUACUUUUACCUCGGCCUCGCAACAACCAACUUCAAGUGCCAUGAGAUCGGGUGCAGCUUGCUCCAGUACUACCAUGAAUUCCUCUUCAGCGCCUCUUGAUUUGAAUGCUUUGAAUUCUGAUGAAAGGGUUAAUAAUUUGAUUCAAACUGCUGCUAAGAAUCUAAAAUGUGAAUUUAAUCUAAUGAAUAUUUUACGGGCCAACCGCAAUGGAAAUCUUAUUGCAACUACUCUGGAGAGAGACGGAUUUCUUGAUGACAAGCCACGAAAAGCAAUGGCAAACAUUUUGGUGCAUCACAUCCAAAAAUCUAAUUUGGAAGCUAAUCCAGUUCUAAUGCGUGAAGAAAUGGCCAUUCUUAUUGUCCUCCAGUUUCCAAAAAUGAGGAAGAAGCUUUUAAAGAGAAUGGACAUGCCUUGGCACCACUGGUUUAAUGCAAACACCAACACAGGAUUUUUGGAAAAUGCUAAUGUUGGCAUUCAAAGAUCUGACAAGAAGUUAACUGGUGUUGGCAAGAGGAGAUCAAAUAAAAUACCUGGAACCCCACGGAAGUUAAUUGAGCUACCAGUAAAUAAACAUCAAAAUAAUGAUCUUGAAGACCCUGAUCCACCUGAAUUUGUUAGAAAUGUCAUGGAGGCCAGAAACCUUAUGCCUACUUUUGCUGAAAAGGCCAAUAUAAUGUCUUUGAUGCGGGAAACCUUUGAAAGAAGAAGACAGGAGCUAGAAUUUAAGGAGGUGUCACCAGACUUCACUCUUGAUAGAUAUCCCCACUUUUUGUCUUAUGGAGGAGAAGUGAUAGAACAAGAGUUUAGCUUGAUUCAUCCGAAGUCCUCCAAGUUGUUCCUGAGAACAUUCUCUCUGGAUUUUGUCCCGCAUAUUUUGAAGAUAGCAAGGCAAACUCCUGACAAAUUUGGCGAGCUUAUUGAUUACUUUUCAGAUGAACUACUUAAUGCAUUGCUGAUACUCAGCAAGCUUCUUCCAUGUCCUCGGAGGACAUAUGCUCAUGAGGCAAAGCAGAAUCUUUAUCCGGAUACAAAGGAUCUAAUUCACAUCAUUCCCGUGGGCAGUGAUCCAAGCUAUGAGGCAGCCAAGAGGAGAGAAGCUGCCCGGUGCCAAGUGCAACCACACCUAAUGAUUGUGGGCCAUCAAAGGGCAAUAGGUAAAAUAUUCCUUGUCACUGGAAAUGGGGACUGCAUGGAACUUCCGCGUCAAGCCUCUCCCACAAAUGCAAUAGACUUAUUGUUUAAGACAUAUUUUGCUCUCUACCUCCAUUUCCCUUUGGGUUGGAAAAAUGUUCUCCGUUUUCUCCAAGUACAUGUAUAUCAAAUUCCUUUGGACAAUCCUCGAGAAUCUUGCUUUGAGAGUGUCAUGAUGUCAAUUAGAAAUGCAUCGUCUGCUGAGGCUUAAAAUGAACUGUGCCUCAUAAAUAUUUUGAACUUUUUUGUUUGAAUUACUUUUGUUUAAGUUCUUUUUUCUAUUAUAGACUCUUUCUUGGUAGUUGUCACUAGUUACCUUGGACAUGAAAUUUUAUUUGUUAUUUGAUUUUAGUAGAUGCACCAAUAUUCUGUAUGGUGCCAUAUCAAAUUAUUUAAUUAUUUUUUGAGAGAUAACAUAACAAGUAAGCGUUAUUGCUACAGUUAUUUGUUCUUAUAAGAGGUAGGGUUUUCUUAAUUGAAUUAUUUUUUUAUCAUGAAAAUGUAACAGUGUUUUGUUUACAUUACCUCCUGUUAAUGUUAUCUGAACUACUUAUUAUCUAGUCAUUUUUUUCUCAUUGUUUAAAUGAUAAUAUCUUCAUACUUAAAGUUCAACCACCCAGGUUACACUUCUCAACUCCUGUAUUCACCAAUGAUUUUGCGUUCAUUUAGAAGUGGGACCUCAGGUUGACUAAGUUUUAAAUUCUUUUACUGGCUACAGUGGGUAGCCGUUCCUUUGGACUUAAUGUUUCAUAAUAAAUAUGCCAACUUUCAAUUUAGACUUUUGCAAGUAUUCUUUUCUUUUUGCUUAAUCACUUGAAACACUUGGCAACACAGCCUCUUCAAACAAAACAAAGUUCAAUUAAGUUUGGGGGCUAGUAGUAAGUAAGGAAGUUUCAUCAGAAUUUAAGUAAGUGCCUGAAGAUUACAAAUUUAGAUCUGGCACUUAUUUGAAAGUGUACAGAUGUUUUACAAUUCAAAGGUUGUUUAAAUUAACAUUUACUCACACAUCUUUUGACUUUAUAUUAA